AUGACAUCGCGAUGUCAUCGUUCUUUGAAAGCAGCUUUAAAAUGCUACAAAAAUCAUAAUUGGGUUGAUAAUUUACCGUUAGUCCUAAUGGGUUUACGAUCAUCAGUGAUUCAAGACAUUGGAUAUUCACCAUCAGAAAUGUUAUAUGGAACAAAUCUACGUCUCCCUGGUGAUUUUUUUGAAUCUUAUGAAGAAUCAAGAACAAACAAUGAUUGGGUAAAACAAUUUUGUGAAAACAUGCAAAUGCUUAAAGCCAGCCCUACAGCACAUCACGGUGCAAACAGCAGCUUCAUACCUAGCACUUUAAAAAACUGCACUCACGUUUUUAUUAGACAUGAUGCUGUCAGAAAACCUUUACAACGUCCAUAUGAUGGUCCCUUUAAGGUGUUAAGUCGUAACGACAAAAUAUUUAAAUUGCUGGUAUCUGGAAAGGAGAAAGUUGUAUCUAUCGACCGCCUUAAACCAGCAUUUAUAUUUACAGAAUACACAAGAGAAGAACCAAAUAUAGAACCCAAACAAAUUCCCCAGAAAAAUAAUGAUGGAAUCAAACUUCGUUCUGGUCGUCGAGUUAACUUUGCUUUACCUUAA